AUGGUCACCGCAGGGACAUCUGCAGUUGCAUCCAUGGAAACUGAAGCAAACAGUGGUGACCAAGGUCUCUUUCACCUGUUCAACUUCUGUCUCGUGAAAGAGACCUUUUGCUGGAUGAGUAAUGGCAUGAGAGUGCCAGGAACCCUAGGCACUGGGCCAAGAGAUUCUGUUCUGAAGCUUUCAGUCGGUCUUGAGCACCCAACCCAGUCUGCCCUCACUCGGAGCAAGGAUGGUCCUUUACCGAUGCUGUAG